CCUUGCUCAGGGAAUAUAUGCAGGGUAUCUGGUAGAACCUUGCAACCCAACAGGAUGAAGGAGGUAAUUUUACUGCUUCUCUUGAAUUUACAGAGCGGUAGUAGUGAAGCUAAUACUCCACGCAAGCUCUGGCUUACAGCUUUGAAUGGUGAAACCCACACAAGUCCCUCAGACUUCACUCUGAUUGCUGCAACGCAUGGCUCUGUGAACCCAGGGACAGCUUUGGAGUCUCCCCACUCUGAGAUCCAAGCUGCCGAAGGAAAUAGAAUACAGGAACUCACUUCUGCACCUUUGGGCAGGACCCGUGAAAAGAAAGCAGUGAAGAAAAUCUCCAGUCCUACAGCCUCUACUCCUGCAAGCCAUUUGAUGAGUAGACAUGGUGACAGUGACCCAGAUGAGGAUAAGAUUGGCGGCCGGUCUAACAGCAGUGGAGCAUCUCCCCAGAGCAGUCCCAGAGAGACCCUGCUCUUGCAAGAGGUCUUUGAGAGCAGGGAUUCAGCUACAGGCAACAGAUUGCUCAAGCAGCCAGCCACCAGCACCCCGCAGGAUGCCAGCCUCAAAGCAUCUGGCUUUGACAUGACCAGAGGAAAGAGCUGGUGUGCUUAUGUCCACACCAGACUUGUACCUACAGUAGUAGUGGACAACCUGGAAACUUUCUCAUCAGGCAGAGCCAAGCCUUGCACUUGGCUGGCUGGAUCCUGUGCUCAGAGGUCUCAGRCAGCAACGCUCCAAGCCUACAGAAUCAAACACAAAAUAGUGACGUCCCUGGAGUGGAAGUGUUGCCCUGGGCACAGUGGACAAAACUGUCAGCCCAAAACUCAACAGCAAUUGCUUAUACAUAGCAACCAGGCUGAAAGCAGCAUAACUGUCAGUGAGAGAGCAUCAGGAGCURCCCAGGACCCCAGCGAGCAAGCACUUACUCAUAAACUGAACGAGAAGAUUAGCAACCAGGACAUGAAACUGAGUUUUCUACAGAAGAAGGUUGACAAGGUUGCUGCUGCCAUGAGUGAUGUGAGCAAGAUGCUUGCCUCUCUGGAAGGCAAAAUCAAUGAAGAUAAGGACAGAGACCUCCAGCCUUUUCUAAAGGGUCUGAAAUCCAGAAUUAUCAAUGAAUUGGUCAAAGAUGUGGUCAAAGAACAGCUUAAASUGUUUCAAAAUGAAAUGCAAGAAAACUUGGCUCAAAUUUUCAAGUCUAUGUCUAGUUUAUCAGAAGAUCUUGAAAGAGCAAAAGCAGUAGUCAAGCAUUUGAAUGACAGCCAAGAAAAACUUGCUCAGGAGAUAGACAGUGGGCCAACAAAGCUUGAUAUUCUAGAACUGAAGAGCCACAUAGUGCAGAUGAAAGAGGAAAUGACCCUUACUUGUGACAAGCCUAUGAAAGCUCUACAGSUAAAGCAGAAAUCCUUGGAAGCUAACUUGGAGCAUCAGGAGUCAAGAAGCAUCAUUUACUAUGAAUCUCUAAAUAAGACCCUUACUGAAAUGAAAGAUGUGCAUGAACGACUGCUAACAGCUGAACAGUCCCUAGGCCAAAACAUGCCCUCAGCAGAUAAAGUCGCGGAGUACAACGUGACAGAGUACAUGUUCAUGCUGCAUGAGAAAGUGAAGACACAGGACCUGAUGGUGCUGCAGAUCUAUGAUGACUUGAGAGUCCAGGAUAGCAAGAUCAGUAAUCUCAGCCUCACACUGGAGUUCCAGAGAGAAUCUGUGUGGGGAGUCUGUGAUGACGUGUUGUYGGCCUGCAGAAAAGAUUUCCAAACACAGCUGGCAGCAACCCAGCAGAASGUUCUUGCCUUAAACAGAAGUCUCUCUGACCUGAUCCUUCCACUGGACAAUAAAAUGGACAAAAUGAAUGAGCAAAUUAACGAUUUGUGUUAUGAUAUGGAGAUUCUGCAGCCCUUGAUUGAACAAGGGGCACCGUUUAGUCUGACUUCAGAAUAUGAACAACAAAUUGAAGCUGAAGCAAUCAAGAAGAAGCUUGAAAACCUGACAACUGUCACGAACCAAAUGAGUUCAGCAAUUACGGAGCUUGCUCAAACUCAGGAAGAACUUAACAAUGAAUCUCGGGCUUACCAGGAACUCCUGGAGAGCCGUAUUAAUGAGUGCUUCGUGGAACUAGAAGACGGUUUGAAUAAGACCAUGAUAGUUAUCAAUAGUGCUGUUGACUCUAUUCAAGAUAACUAUGUAAUGAAAGGUACCCUAAGUGCUCUGCAAAAUGAAACUGAGGUCUGCUGUGGCAAUGCCGAGAAGCUGGAUACCCUUCUGGCUCUUGUUCCGUACUUCCAACAGUUGAAUGAAUCUCUCCAGGUGCUGCUCCCAGACAAGAACAAGCAUGAAGUCAUUUCAAAAGUGGCUCAGUCCCUUUCUAGUCUUCCAUAUGAUGUAUCUGAUACAAGUAUCCUCAACCAUUUCAGACAAGUUUACUAUAUUUUAAAUGAGACUUCAUCGAAAGUGGACAAUCAGCAACAAGAUAUCAACCACCUGGAGGAAAAGCUACUGGACUCUGUUGAGGGAGCCAAGGACCAUGAGGUUCGCCUCCAGAGCGUGGAGUCAAAAAUUUCCAAGUUUUUGGUAAAUAACUGUCUCUCGCUGAAAAGGAACAAAGCUGCUUUGACAGAGAAGGAGCAAAUGGUCUCACUUGAGCUUCAGACACUGAGUUCUAGGGUUAAGGCCCUGGAAGCCAAGUCUAUCCGCUUUUCAAACAUCAUGCCCCUCGUGAAUAGGACUGCCUACGAGGCCUGGGGGCUCUGUCAGGAUGCCACCAGCAGCAUCCAAAAAGUGAACGCCAGUAUUCCUGUGCUAAUUAAACUUGCUCAGCCAGAURUCCCACUGCUGCAGAGAGGCUUCAAAGAGCUUAUUGAAUCUGUGCUUGACAUAAAAGCUGAGAUCAUCCUGAAGAACUURACCCAGCAUGUUAACGUAUCACUGGAAAGUGCAAGGAACAACAUGACCAAACUUCAGAAACUAGUGAARCCAGCAAUAAAGAAACCGGUUCAGGGGAAAAAAGGCACAGGCAAUUUCACGGUGAACCCGGCAGGCCGGAGCCAACGCAACACGGAUWACAGUCUAGAGUCAGGAGAGUUUUCAGCCUGUGUCAGUUCUCCCUGCCAGAAUGGAGGAACCUGUAUCAAUGACAGAAACAGUUUUAUCUGUGCUUGUCGUCACCCCUUUGGAGGAGUCAACUGCAGUAUGAAGUUGGUGGAUGACAAUUCUCUGAAUGUAGAUUUCUCAAAAGGAUCAUAYAGAUAUGCACCUAUGGUAGCUUUUUUUGCCUCUCAUACCUAUGGGAUGACAACACCAGGGCCCAUCAAGUUUAACCAUCUGGAUGUCAACUACGGAGCAUCGUAUGCUCCAGCAACUGGGAAGUUUCACGUUCCGUAUCUUGGGGUCUAUGUUUUUGAAUAUACCAUUGAAUCCUUUAGUCCACAAGCCUCUGGCUAUCUAGUCAUUGAUGGAAUAGACAAACUCACUUUCCAGGUUGAAAAUAUUAAUAGUAACAAGUAUACUGACAGGGUAAUUACUGGAAAUGCCUUGUUAGAGUUGAAUUAUGGUCAGGAAGUCUGGCUUAGACUGGCAACUGGCUCUAUCCCUGCCAAGUAUCCACCAGUCACUACAUUUAGUGGUUACCUGUUGUAUCGUACCUAAAUCAGUCAUAAAUACUACCCUUGCAUGAAGAAACUGGCAUUUGAAUUUAUCUAUAAAUGCUUUGUCUUUCAUAACCAUAAGUUUCCRAAGGUAAUCAGAUCAACAGCAUUUCAAGUGUCUAUGGGGCCRGUUCUCCCAGGAGUUGCUUGUGUGUAACUAUGUGCACAUCAAGGAGAGUCCACAGGUGAGGGAUGGGGAGAUAAUUAGCACUGGGUAAGUGUGAGUAGGGAAUCUGAUUAUGUUCUGUAUUUACCUUUUAAAGCAUAUACUUAUACAAAGCAGCUGAGAAUCGUUUCUCAAAACAGAGCUGGUUUUGAUUAUUCCUUGAUGACCUGAAAUCAUGGCCAAGGUGUUGACUAGGUCUUGCUGAUUCAGGUGUGUUACUGCUAGUUUCUUUGUAUCAAGUGAAAAUGAUAUAUUCCUUUUGGAAAAAGUAGUAUUUUUCUUAUUCUGUCUCACUUUAUUCAAACGAAUAUCUUGAUACAUUAGCAAUUGGUUCUCAAUUUUGUAUGUAAAAAACUAAGAUAGUGACCUGGUUUUUUAUCUACYAAAAAAACCCAUAAUGACUGGCAGUAAAGCUACACGUAGAUAAACUAAUCAAGUUGCACAUUUUUCAAACUGAUUAUGAUUAGUUAUGGGAAAAAAUUGAGAGCAGCUUUGGUUGAGGCUUUGUUGCUUGAAGCAUUUAAAACAAAGCUGGAUUUUCUUUAGGUGAUAAUGCUUUUGAGCAGACAUGGACAUAUGGGCUUCAUGCACAUGUUUAGUAUGUAAAUUUUGGCCUAUUAUGUACACAAGGUUAAAUGAGGUAAUGAUAGUCCUUGCUAAUUUUAAAUUCUGUAGAACUAUCAUCUUGUUUGUUUCUGUAUCAUAUUUCCUAGCUGCUAAGGCAGGGUGAAUUGAACUCCAGUCUACACAAGUCAGGACAUGAUAUUUAAGAGUAAAUCAAAUAAAAACAGCAUUUUUAGGUCAUGCUAUGAACACAAGUAUUCCUAAAAUGGUAGCAGCUUAAACAGCAUAUGGGAAAAAUGAGGUGACUGAUUUCUAUGUURUCCUUCCAGCAAGUGCUGCGAGUUGUCUAAAUGGUUAGGGAGUGAUGGCCUGGUCAAAUCAAUUGAAUCUUAUUUUUUCAUAGGGUCUACCAGACAGUGUGUUUUGUCAUCUGAUUGUUUUUCAUUUUGGAUUUAUUAAAUUUUUUCA